AUGUCAGAUAAAUUAAAGAAAAUCCCACUGUCCAAUGACACUUCAACCAGGAGGACAGAGAUACUUGCCCAUGACUUAAUUAAUCAGUUAACUGAUGAUAUCAAAGAUGCACCCUGCCUUUCACUUGCGGUGGAUGAGUCAACAGACUGCAUAGACCAAGCCCAGCUAUGUGUGUUUGUCAGAUACUUCAGCAAGGCAAAGGGGACAUUCUGUGAAGACUUACUGGGCCUUACUCCACUCUGUCACACUAGAGGAGAGGACAUCUAUGAAGCUAUCAUGCAGAUGCUUAAUGAACGGGGAAUUGAUGUCAAGAAUGUUGUGUCCAUCACUACUGAUGGUGCUCCAGCCAUGAUAGGGAAGGAGAAGGGAGCUGUUCAACGUCUGAAAGAGGAGCACUCCGACCUGCUGACAUACCACUGUAUUAUACACCAGUCCGUGCUGUGUGCUAGCCUUGGAAAAGAAUAUUCAGACGUCAUGGAAACUAUUAUGAAGCUUGUGAACUACCUGAGAGCAUCCUCUGCCCUUCAGCACCGUCUUCUGCGGGCAUUCCUGACUGAGGUAAAUGCUGCUUAUGACGACUUACUCCUCCAUAACAAUGUUAGGUGGCUGAGUAAGGGAAGAGUCUUGGAAAGGUUUUGGGCCAUCAGGAAAGAUUUGGAGAUGUUUUUGUCCCAGCAGAAGAAUGUCAAAGCCAGGCAUUACUUGGAUUUUUUGAGGGAUGAUGACAGCAUGGAGCUUGUGGCCUUUUUAUUGGUCAUAACAUCUCAUCUAAAUGAACUGAAUCUGAUGCUCCAGGGCCAAGGCAACACAGUGUGUGAUCUGAUGGCAGCCGUACGCUCCUUUGAAAGGCGGCUGGAGAUCUUUAAGGGUGACAUCACAGGGCCACAUAUCCACUUUCCAACUCUUCUCCAGCAGACUAAUGGCAAUCACCAUCGUCACCAUCUUUCCUUUUUGGAGAAGCUAGCUGAAAAUUUCAGGAUGCACUUUGAGGGGUUCAAUGUAGGCAGACAAGUGCUGCUCUGCAUUCCAUCUCCAUUCCUGGUCAAGAAUGUUGAGGAGUUUUCAAAAGAAACCAAGAGCAUCUUCCCAUGGGCAAGCAUGGCAUCUCUGCAGACUGAACUCAUUGACUUACAGGAAAAUGUGACUUUGCAGGAAGUGUACUGUGACACUGUUACAUUUUGGACUAAAAUGGUCACAGCUGAAAAUUUCCCCAAUCUGCAGAAAGUAGCCAUCUGUGUUCUUACCAUGUUUGGGUCGACCUAUCGGUGUGAGUCUGCAUUCUCAGCAAUGAAUGCUGUAAAGAACUCAUACCGCAGCAGCUUGACUAAUGAACAUUUAGGCCAGUGUCUCCGUCUGGCAACCACACCUUUUGUGCCACGGUUUCGACAGCUGAUGGGAGACAGACAGUGCCAUUUCUCACAUUAG